UGUGUAUAUAAGUGUGUUUUCUGGUUAUUAUUGGAUACUUGUGAUACCAUUUAGGGUAAUAAAUUGGGCGCGGAUGAGGGCGCGUGCCGGGCGGCGGCGGGGCGCGGCGUGAGAUGUCGCAGGCUCCCUUCUCGCUGCCCUGGGGGCUCCACUAUCAGCACAGACACGGUGAGAGCGCGGCGAGCGUCCCGCCGAGCAACCAACGCCGCCCGCCGUCCGCCGCGCACUACGACCACCAAGAGUACACCCUCCACAGGCACCACCCCCUACAGCACACCCUCAUACCCACCACACAAUGUAAGGGAGAAGAUGAACCUCGGGCCGACUACAGAGAACACUACCACCUGCACAGGUGUGGCGCGGCGUACAGCAAGUGUCCCGAGGAGGGCCAGGUUCCCCGGGAGACCAGGGAGGAAACGGUUUCCAGCAGCGCGGAACACCACCAACACUGGGACGAGAAAAUAGUGAGCAGUUCACUGUGCAGCGCUCCGGCUGCAGCUAGGAGUGAUGCUGCAUCACCACAUCAACAUGUUACCACCACGCAUGCAGGGGGCGGACGGCGCGGGGCGCUGCAACUGUGGCAGUUCCUCGUGUCGCUGCUGGCGGAGGGCGCGCGCUGCGUCGCCUGGACCGGACGAGGUUUGGAGUUCAAACUUCAUGAACCCGAGGAGGUGGCGCGACGGUGGGGCGCGCAGAAGAAUCGGCCGGCCAUGAACUACGACAAGUUGUCGAGGUCACUGCGGUACUACUAUGAAAAGGGCAUCAUGCAAAAAGUGGCCGGAGAACGCUACGUGUACAAGUUCGUGUGUGACCCUGAAGCAUUAUUCAGCAUGGCGGCCGGCACUAGCGCGUCGGGACCUCCAGGCCCCCGGACGAGGUCGCCCCCCGCGCAGUACGACGUGCUCUCCCUGUACGGGGGCGUGUGCCCCCAAUACCUGCCUCACCACGACCCGAGGCGGUACUACCAUCAUGUCGACCAUUUGGGGCAUUAUGAUACGUGAAUGUAUAGACAAUAAGGUUGUA